AUGGAGGAUGAUAUUAAAGAAUUAAAGUCUGUGCUCCGGUCUCUGGUUGUAUCAAGCCCGACUCAAGUGGAUGUUCGUACUUUAAUGCGUGAUUACCGUAGUAUGGUUGGAAAACCCAUACCACUUGCUAAGUAUGGAUAUAAAGAUCCAGUUCUGUUCCUUAAAGAAAGGUGUGAUGAUUGUUUUAUGUUGCAAGGACAGUCUGGUAAUCCAGUAUUGACCUUAAUUGUGCCGGACACAUUGAAACAUAUAGAUAAAUUUGUACAAAAGCAGAAGAUAUCAUCUUCAAAGAAGUACAGAGAAAAGAGAAGAAGUAUUCCUGUCGCAGCAUUGUCAAAGCCAACCAAUUUGAUCAGUGCAACUUUUACAAAGAAGCAAAAAGAAACAAAACCUCCAGAUCAAGAAAUCACUGAAUCGGAAGUAGCAAAGAAACUCAAUGUUGAUACAAAAGCAAAAUCAGACCUACUGGAUAAGGAGAAUGACCCUCAACAUUCCAAAAAUGGGACAUGUUCGAGGAGUGCUUUGGAAAACUUUAUGAAAAAACGUAUUCCUCUGUAUGAUAGCUUGCAGUAUGAAGAAGCUGAAAAAUCACACAAUGACAGAGAUUCCUCUAAAGAUGAUGCUGAUUCAGGCAGACAGACAUCAUCCAGCAGCAGUAGUGCUAAGUGGACACAAUUGGAAGAAUUAAAGACCGAAAUAAAAACACUGAUAGAAGAACACCCAGAAGGAAUAUGGUGUACUGAUCUUAUAGGACUUUACAGAGAUCGGUACGGGCGUGAGCUGAACUUCGCGCGGUUUGGAUACACGAGUGUGCUGAGCCUUGCGUGUGUGCUGGAGGACUCGUUGCGGAUCUACCGGCCGCGCGGGGCCGCGGACUGGAAGCUGCUGCGGGCCGAGCCUACGCCGCCCGCCGCAGUCGCGCCCCUCCCACCUCUCGCACACCCCACGCACUCCCCCGCGCAACAAAGGUCUCAUGACGUCGACGCCGUCGACCCAGAAGACGCGCUGCCGGGAAUUGAUUUCGACCCGGACGUUUUCCCCGAGGACUGUCUUCACUACAUGGAGAGCAUCCCGGCCCCAUCACUGGACGGGCUGGAACCUGGCGCAAUGAUAGAAGUUAUGGUUGGCGAGGUGUACUCACCCUCGCACCUUUGGCUCAUCCGUCUCGGCGAGCUAUACAACAUCGCCAUGGAGGACGUCAUGGACGAGAUGAAUGAAUACUACAACAAAGGAGACGGCAAAGACAGAUACCUGGCGCGUGGAGCCGUGCGUGUGGGCCACUAUUGUAGCAGCUGUUAUGAAAAUGAUUGGCACCGCUCCUUAAUUGUCAAAAUUAUAGACAGCGAUACAGUCAAGGUGCGUCAUGUGGACUACGGCACGGUAGAGCGGACCGCGACGGCGGGGCUGCGGCCGCUGCUGCGGCGCUGGGCGCAGCUGCCGGCGCAGGCCAUGCGUGCGCGCCUCGCCGGCCUACGCCCGCCCGCCGCCGGCCGCCGCUGGCCGCGCGCCGCCGCCGCCACCCUGCUUCGUGCCGUCGCGGACCGCCGCCUCGUCGCACAGCUCACCGCGCACUGCGAUGACAUCCUGGAGGUGCUACUGAUCGACACUAGUACCGAUGAAGACAUUUGCAUCAGCACGGAGCUGAUUAAAUCGGGACACGCUGACCCGCGACCCGAUUCCUGCCUCGGGGUAAGUGAAAUACACCGUCAACUUGACUUCCAGUAUCCACCUUCAACUCUACUAUCCACAUACAAAUCAAGACUCGGACACCGAUGUCCACAAUUCCAACCAGCGCGACUCCUUGGUGAUGUAUCCAACUCUAGUUCCAACUCCGAAGACGACCUCGACGUCCGCUCUUUGGUGACGACCAUAUCGCAAUUCAACCAGCGGGACUUCGAUACCUUCAGUGACAUAUCAGCUUCCGCCAGCGAAGUAAGAGGUCCUCGUCGGCUAAAAACGUGGGCAUGUGACGAUUCAACGGAGAAUAAUGCCGUGCAAAAUAUACCCAGUGCGUUAACAGACCACGAGACAAACAGUAACGUCCCAUUUGAACGGGCUAGUGACGUCGCGAGCAUGCUAGGGACAGAGUAUAAUAACAAUGUCAAAGUGACAGCGGACGUCAGCGACGUGACAAGUGACGCUGCAAGCGUAGUGACACACGCGUCGCUACAUUUGGCGCGAAUCACUGCUCUGCAUGCGAAAUUGCAAAAGAAGUUUCAAAUGAACAAGGAUAUAUCUGAAAAUGAAACAUCAGGCGACGUUAAAGCGGCGAAAAGUCCCGAUAGUAUUACGUCGGAGUGUUACCUGUACCCGAGUUUCGAGGCACUGGAAAACGGAAACACGCCCAACUACGCCGAGAUCCACAACUACCUGCGCGACGGCAUCGCGCUCGAAUUCGUGGAAGAGUACCGGCGCCACGUGCCGUCUUGCCUGCCGCGCCCCGCCGAUCCGCCCACUCCCCCCUCACCGCCAUCACCCCCUGCCACGCAACACUCACCUCUCACCUCACCAGACGCGUCACCGAUAAAUGUUCAAAGCCGAGUGCCGCUGUUCGUGACAAAGUCCGAGGCGUCAUACGCGAGUGCCCCGUGUCCCACCCCGCCGCGACGCGCAGUAGCGCCGCUGCCCCGUCCCGCGCAGUACUCGCAAAUUUCUCAAAAUCCACAACAUCUCCAAUACCAACAACAUCCCCAAUACCCACAGUACUCCCGACACCCACAACUUUCCCAACACCCACAACAUCCCCAACACCCGCAACAUCCUCAACUCCCACAAAAUACCCUACUUUCACAACAUCCCCAACACUCACAACUUCCCCAACACGCACAACUUCCCCAAAACUCACAACUUCCCCAAAACUCACAACUUUUCCAACACCCACAACUUUCCCAACAGCCACAACUUCCCCAACACUCACAACAUCCCCAAUACCUACAACAUCCUCAACACCAACACGGUUCACAAUAUCCGCAACAAACAAUUCCACGCUCUACGUCAUAUAAUACAGUAAACUUUACACAGCCUCCGUCCAGUCAAUCGUAUGCUUCCCAGCACUCCAUUUCGCAAGACUCUCUUUCUUACACGGGCAACACUCCAAGGCUCGUCACUCCACCUAAAAUCCCCCACAACGUCAUCCUCUCCGCGUCGGAAUGCGAGAUCUUCUACCUCCUCAGCCAAGUAGACUCGAACGCGGCCCACAGGUACAUGAUGGACGCCAUCAACAGAGCGAUGGCGUCCGUUUCCGUUUCCACAUCUCGUCUCAACCCCGAGGCGGCCGAGUUUCAUAUGGUGACCGCGCAAACACAAACGGAUAUCCCUGUGGACCAACUGAUCUCAUUAAGUCCCAUUAACCAAAAAGAAACUAAAACCGUGGAGCCGGCUGUUAGAAGAUUUCUUGAGACUGUACAAAAAGGACAGCAAACUUGUAUACGACCGCCGCCCGGCUUCGAAAACUUUUAA